CAGGGAAAAAAAAUGUCUCAAAAGCAGAUGAAGGAAGCUUUUGUCAGUAACCUCAAUGGAACAAGUGUCCUGGAAGUCACUGAAGGCUUGUGCUUGCCUGUACUAUGUAUCCUGUUCAGAGGGCUCCUGCUCAUUCUCUCACAGCAAUUAUGUUCUUCACAUACCUGGAGAUCUCGAUUCUUAAUUGACUUUGUUGUUCUAAUAGUUCCCAUGGUGGUCACUCUGACCAUCUUGUCUUCAUUUGUUUUCUUUGAGCACCUCACUAUAAUUAUCUUUGGGGCAGUUCUUUUCUAUCAACUGUACUGCAGAAGGACUUGCUAUGUUAGAAUGCCUAUCCAGAAAAUCCUUGAAAAAUUCUUGAAAACCAGUUUUAAAUCAGAAUCUAAUCCAGCAGUCUCUUGUUUCCGUGUAAUUAACAGUGCAUAUACUGCUGUUGCCAUUUUGGCUGUAGACUUCUCAAUUUUCCCCAGAAGAUUUGCCAAAACUGAACUUUACGGGAUAGGGGCAAUGGAUUUUGGAGUAGGGGGCUUUGUUUUUGGGACUGCAAUGGUUUGCCCAGAGGUUAGGAGAAAAUACACAGAUGGGUCUAGAUUUUAUUAUCUUAAAAAGUCACUGUAUUCUGUUUGGCCGUUAAUCUUCCUAGGAAUAGGUCGAUUAGUCAUUAUUAAAUCCAUAGACUACCAGGAACAUUUAACUGAAUAUGGAGUUCACUGGAAUUUUUUCUUUACCUUAAUAGUUGUGAAACUGACAUCAUCACUGCUACUGAGUAUUUUUCCUCUAAAUAAAUCCUGGAUUAUUGCCAUCAGCAUUUCUGUAUUAUACCAGUUAGCCCUUGACUUCACCCCAUUAAAAAGGUUAAUUUUGUAUGGCACUGAUGGCAAUGGCACAAGGGUGGGUUUAUUAAAUGCCAACCGAGAAGGGAUAAUUUCUAACAUGGGGUAUGUGGCAAUAUACAUGGCUGGUGUGCAAACAGGAUCAUAUGUGUUUAAAAACAGAACACAUGUCAAAGAUUGGAUCAAAGUAGCAUGUUAUAUUCUGCUAACAGCUAUUAGCCUCUUCAUGUCUCUUUAUAUAGUUCAGGUAAAAAUAGAAUUAGCAUCUCGAAGAAUGGCCAACUUAGCAUUCUGUAUUUGGAUAGUUGCUUCUAGCCUGAUGCUUCUAAGUAGCUUGUUAUUGGGUGAUACAAUUUUGAGUUUUGCUAAAUUUCUAACUAAAGACACUCUAGUUCCAUGUUCUUGGAAACUUACUCAGUCACCUGCUACAAAUAAACACUCAGAUUUUCUCGUCUCUGAAACUGAAAGAAAGGAACCUAGUCUUUGUUUAAUCACAGCUAUAAACAGAAAUCAGUUAGUUUUUUUCUUGUUGUCAAAUAUAACAACUGGCCUGGUCAACUUAUUGACAGAUACAUUACACAGCAGUACAUUGUGGGCCUUAUUUGUGCUCAAUCUCUAUAUGAUUACCAACUGUUUAAUUAUAUAUGUGUUGCAUUUGCAAAAUAAGACUAUAAAAUUUUGGUGAUAAAUGUGGGAUUUAUCUAUGAGCAGUAUUUUGAUGAUGGAAUAUAUGUAAAGAAAAUGGCUUUGAAAAACCAGUAUUAAUUUUAUUUAAGUAUAAAAAUUAAGAAUUUUAAUCCUCUAUGCAGUAUGAUGCUUAGUAUUUGGAUAUAUCAAAGCACUAUAUAAAACAAACCAAUAGAGAGCAAAACUUUGCAACUUGUCAGAAUAUUUAUUGAGAAAAGAAAGAAUAUUUAUAGAACUCAGUAGUUAAAAAAAAAAAAAGAUUGGCUGAAAUGUAUGAUGCAGGUGGUCCGGGAGCUGGUGCAGUGUAUAAAGCAUUGGACUCUCAAGCAUGAGGUCCUGAGUUUGAUCCCCAGCAGCACAUGUACCAGAGUGAUGUAGGGUUCUUUCUCUUCUUUUUCAUUAAUAAAUAAAAUCUUUUAUUUUUUCCCAGAGCACUACUCAGCUUUGGCUUAUGGUGGUGCAGGGGACUGAACCUGGGACCUUAGAGCCUUAAGCAGGAGAGUAUCUUUGUAUAACCAUUAUGCUAUCUACCCCCACCCAAUAAAAUCUUUUAAAAUAUAU